AUGGUUGUAGCUGCUUUCGGCCACAAAUUCAAAGAACAGCAUUACACUCUCUUGGAUCCAAAUGUCAUACUUUUAAAUCACGGAUCUUUCGGAACUACUCCCACCUGCGUUAUAGAUAAGCAAAAUGAAGUUGCCCGCAGACAUGAGUGGUAUCCCGACUACUUCGAAACUUUUGAAGUGGAGGAAUUGUACAGAGAGCAAAUUCAGGCUCUAAGUGAUUACAUCGAAGUUGAUUCAAGGAACUUGGCACUUGUCACAAAUGCUACGACUGGUGUUAAUACUGUUAUACGUUCGAUACCAUGGAAUUUUUCGGAGGACAAAAUCUUGUUUCACUCAACUGCCUAUGAAGCUUGCAAAAACACCAUCAAAUUCAUGAGUGAUUAUUACGGCCUUCAAUAUGAUGUAAUUGAAUUGAGCUAUCCCUUGGAGGACAGCGAAGUUCUGUCCAAAUUUGAGGAAAAACUCUCCACGAACGAAUACCGAUUGUGCAUGUUUGACAUGAUUUCUUCAAUGCCAGGCGUGAAGCUACCUUACGAAGAUCUUAUCAAAAUAUGCCAAAACUAUAAUACAAUGUCAUUGUUGGAUGGUGCUCAUGCUGCAGGUCAAGUAUCAUUGAAAUUCCUGGAUGACUUACAACCGGACUUUAUGACAACAAAUUUGCAUAAGUGGUUAAGUGUCCCUAAGGCAUGUGCUUUACUCUAUGUGAAUAAGAAGCAUCAUGGCAUAAUCCAAACUUUGCCAAUAUCUUGGAACUACUCAUCAGAAUCAUGCAAACCUAUCGCCCAACCAAAAACUGAUGAAGACCGCAAACACAACGAUAGCGUGAUGCACAAUAAGUUUUGGUUUAUUGGAACUUGUAGCUACUCUCAAUAUUUUUGCAUCAGUGAAGCCAUUAAAUUCCGUAAUCAAGUUUGUGGAGGUGAGGAAUGUAUCCGCAGCUACCAAAAGAAACUUCAAAAGGAGGCAAUCAGCGCAGUAAUUAAGGAGUUCGGACCUGGUUCAGUACUACUACAGAAUGAGGGGAAGUCGCUCGUGCCAGAAGGACUUUUUAACGUUAGUUUACCGCUUGGUGAGAAAUACAAGGAAAUAGAGGAAAAACUGAACAAGGAUUUCAAUUACUUUAAAAGGGUGAAGGCAGUGUGUUCUCGUUUGACAAUGGAGAGAAAGGCCUAUGUUCCUUUCUAUUAUCACAAUAGAAAGUUAUGGGUGAGAUUUAGUGUUCAGAUUUUUAAUGAGCUUGAAGAUUAUGUCAUCGGAGCUCGCAUUUUUAAAGAUUCGAUGCUUGAAAUUUAUGAUAAAGAAUUGCAAGGGAGUGUAAAUAAGGCCGUUGAAGCAGUUCUCCCUGAAAAACUAGACGGUUUCCAUCUCAAAUCAUCGAGGUUGAGCAAUACUGGUCGCCAAGACUGCAGUUGA